AUGCCAUCUCUACUACUCAUCAUAUUCGUCACCGAGCUGGUUGUCCAACUGGUCAACACCCUCGGCGCAACCACCAUCAACGAUUUGCUAUGGAGGAUAUACCUUACCCUGCCGACACCGCUCUCGUUAGAGUUUGCACAACAGCGCAGGAAGCAAAAAGAAUACCUCGCCGUUCGACAUGAGCUGAAGGCGACGAGCAGUCAAGACGAGUUUGCCAAGUGGGCGAAACUCAGGCGCCAGCAUGACAAGCUGUUGGAGGAUCUUGAGAAGAAGAAGGCUUCGCUCGAGGCAGCCCGCACCAAGUUCGAUCGAACCCUCACGACCACCCGCACGGUCUCGACCCGCAGCGUACAGUGGUUCCUCCCCUUCUGGUACAGCAAGGAGCCCAUGUUCUGGCUCCCCUACGGCUGGUUCCCCUACUACGUCGAAUGGUUCGCCUCUUUCCCCCGUGCGCCAAUGGGUAGCGUCAGCAUUGUGGUUUGGCAAUGGGCUUGCACCGCCGUGAUCGCUCUGAUGAUUGAGGCGGCCACAGCAGCUUUGGUGUAUGUUGCUGCGAAGCAGUCACAAAAGAUCAGGCAGCCUGUGCCAGCGCAGUCGGAAAAGAAAGAUUCAUGA